AUGUCCGACAGCGCCUUUGACAACAUCCUGAAUUUCCGUGAUGUGGGUAAAACGGUGAACGCCUUUCUUGGCAAAAGGAUCCUCAAAGAAGGUGUGCUCUAUCGCUCGGCACGUCCAGAUGACGCCACGCUGUCCGACCGGCGCAGGCUGCAGGCGGACUACGGGAUCAAGACGGUGAUGGACCUGCGGACCAAGACGGAGCACCUCAAGCAAGCCGAGAAGCGGCAGGCGGACAUCAAGACCCCGGCGCUGCUGCAGUCCAACGCCGCGCUCGCGGAGCCCGUCCAGAUCCCCGGGCUGCGGUACCUGGAGAUCAAGGUGACGGGCAAGAAGUUUGAGCACCACAUGCUGAGCCAGCUGAGUUGGGGGAGCUACUUAAAAUUAAUAUGCCUCUACCUGACGGGCUACCGUAUCGAUGCCAUCCGGAUCAUCAGCAAGGAGGUCAUGCUGCCCCGGGGACUGGUGGGCAUGGGCUUCGACACGCUGGACCAGUCCGGGGCUGAGAUCGCAGAGGCUCUUCGCGCCUUCACGCAGCCCUCCGCCCUGCCCGUCCUUGUGCACUGCACGCAGGGCAAGGACCGCACGGGGCUGGUCGUUGCCGUGGCGCUGUUCGUGCUUGGUGUGCCCCUGGAGGCCAUCACGCACGACUACCUCCUCACCCAAGACGGCCUGGUAGCCGAGCGGGAAUCACGGCUGGCUGAAAUUGAGGAGAUUGGGCUCACAGCCGAGUGGGGAGACUGUCCGCCGGAUUUUGUGCCACGGGUCUGGGGCCAUAUCGAAGACACAUAUGGUGGCAUAGAGGCGUAUCUUGACGGCAUAGGAUUUGGCGAUGGAGAGAGGCGGCAGUUUAUCGAGAAGUUAGGCGCUUGA